CAAACUUAAAAUUUAACAAAAUUUUUUAAAAAAUAGAUCAGGUGGGUUAAUUUUAAUUGGAUUAAUUUGAUUGAAAUUUUAAGUCAGAUAAAAAUUGACGUGUCUAGUUGAAUCUAGAGGUGUUUAUUCGGAUCAUCGAGUCGAUUUUGGACGGAUGUCAUUUGGAUCUUUCAGAUUCCAAAUUGGUCAUAUUUGGGUCAUAAUCCAAUAGAUAAGUAUAAAAAUAUUUCCGCUUUGCAGUAUUUAGGAAAAAUACUGUUACUUUAUUGAUGAGAAUUGAGACCUCGAUUCUUAAACCCUAAACCUAAUACUCCAUGACACCAUCCCGCGCGCCAUUUUUACACAAUUAAGAAGAAUAAAUAUGGAAGCAACGUCAAUGGAAGUGGAAGUGGAACACCAACCAUCCCGUUCAAUUCAAACUUCAUCCAAUCGUUUCGCACUCAGAAAUUCCAUCCAAACCAAUUUCGCUGACGAUUAUGUCUUCCAAAUCACUUCCAAGGAUGAUUGGUCUGCCAUGGCGGUUUCAUUGUCCAACAACUUGGUGAAGCUCUACUCUCCUUCAACUGGACAGUAUUUGGGGGAAUGUCGAGGUCACACCUCCACUGUCAAUCAAAUAUCUUUUGCAGAUUCAUCUUCUCCGAAUCUCUUGGUCUCGUGCUCAUCCGAUGCUACAAUUCGAGCUUGGGACACAAGAAUUUUUCAAGAGGUGUCUCUGAUAAAUGCUGGUUCGUCUCAGGAGGUUUUCAGUUUCUCAGUGGGUGGAGUGAAUAAUAACAAUCUUCUUGCUGCUGGAUGUAAAUCUCAGGUAUUGCUAUGGGAUUGGAGGAAUAGAAAACAAGUUGCUUGUCUAGAGGAAUCUCAUGUGGAAGAUGUUACUCAGGUUCAUUUUGUUCCUGGUACUCAAAACAAGCUUAUCUCAGCAUCGGUUGAUGGUCUGAUGUGCCUUUUUGAUACUUCCGGAGACAUAAAUGAUGAUGAUCAUCUAUGUUCUGUGAUGAAUGUGGGGACAUCAAUAGGAAAAAUUGGGUUUUUUGGGCAAGACUACGGAAAGCUUUGGUGUUUGUCUCAUAUUGAGACCCUAAGUGUCUGGAAUUGGAAAGAGGAAAAUGUUGAAGCUGACUUUCAGGAAGCACGGUCAUUGGCCUCGAAAAGCUGGGUUCAGAAUCAGGUUGAUUAUUUUAUUGAUUGUCAUUCCUCAAUAGAAGAUGAUCGGUUAUGGCUUAUUGGAGGCUCACAUUCAGGCACCAUUGCUUACUUUCCUGUGAAUUCCAAUGAACGGGUUAUUGCCGCCCCUGAAGCUAUGCUUGAGGGCGGCCAUUCAGGUAUUGUUAGGAGCAUCUUGCCCGCUUUCAGCGUGCCUGGACGAGAUUCUCCAAACAGUGGAAUGUUUGGUUGGACAGGUGGUGAGGAUGGACGAUUAUGUUGUUGGUUAUCGGACGAGACUAGUGAUGUGAACCGUGCUUGGAUAUCAAGCACCCUCACACUGAAGCCAAGUAAGACUCGCAAGAAAAACAGGCACCAACCCUAUUAGAGAAUAGCGGUCAAGUUCAAUUCAUAUAAAUCUUGGUUUCCCCUUUACUACUAGUAUGCUCCAUUCGUGUGUUGCGCUUUGUACCGGUUCGGACCACCAUUUGUCCCAUUGCAGAUAAGUAUCAAGUUUGCAUCAAAAUGCUUCAUCUUGUUAGGUUUACAUUCCUUUUUUAAAGGUUCAUUGUAUUCUAUUUAUUUUUAAAGGUGCUAAGCUUCAAAAAAUUUUCCUAAUGUUUUUGCCAUCUUGGAAACAAAUUAUAAAGGAAAGUUGAGGGAAAACUUUCGUUUUUUUUUUUUUAUUUGAGAAAGAGAAGAGGCAGAAAGUUAUUUGUAUUUACUCUUCAACAUUUGGCUCCCUAUUUCAAAGGGGUACGGGUAUGAAUUUGUAUCAUCUUUCUCCACUCAAACCCUAUCUUCAACAGGUUGAUGAUGGUGACUCUUCAAAAUCUAACUUAUUCUAAUUGACAAUUUCUAGUACAUUCUAAAGACUAGCAAUAUAGUCAUCUGUCCAAUAGACAAUUCUAUCUUAAAUUAACAAGCUAAAUGUGGCAAUCUCUAUGAAACUGAGAAAUACAAUUCAGUUAUUUAAUAGAUCAUCUCUUAUCCUCAAUACUUUCUCCUUACUAAUCCACACUUCAUGAGAUGUUACUUAAUGAUGUCCACAAUGAAAUAUAAAUCUAGCACAUUAAGGCCAAGUUAAUUGCAGGCCAGGGAAGUGUUUGAUUUAAGAUCAAAUGCAGUUAUAAUUAGGCCAUGGUCAAAAGCGAGCUCGUUUAAGCUAAGGCCAAAUGUAGAUAGCCUGAGUUUGAACAUGGCCGAAAUAUGUCGGGGCUGAGUUUGACCUUCUUUUCCCAAACAUAGUAGGGUUGUUCUAGUACUUGUUUUGUUUUUUGGUUCAAUUGAAUUGAUCAAAUCAUAUCUUUUAGUAGUAUAUCCCAACCAUGGUAUUGUUUAAAUGAUUAGAUACCUUUUAAGAGAAUUUUGGUGGAUACGAUGUUACUUACUAAGAGAACUUUAUAGGAUUUACAGAAAUGGUCACAAGAUAGCUUAUAGAAUUUUGUGUAAGACGGUUCCCCCGUAGGAUUAACCAUGUACAGAUUGAAUAAGCCAACUAAUCCAGUUAUUAGCAUAUGUGUUUCAUAUUUUAAACUCGUCUCACCAAGAGACGAUCUCUCA